AUGAGCGAAGCCUCUACUUUCGGCGACGCCGCCGUCGACGCACGGUCCAUCGUAUGGCUAGGAGGCUUAACGGAGCAGCAGAAGUCCGAUAUCCUCUACUCGACUUUCUUGGCGCAAAUGUCGGCAGAUGCCGAGUCCCCCGCCAGCGACGAGGAAAAGGCGACCGGUUGGCAUGACAAAUUUGUUCAAACACUUAACAAACUGGGUUGGAUAGCCACGAAGGCCGUCCCCUCGGACGUCGAACAUAGUCUCGUCAGAGUGUCCGUCGCAGAAACGAUCCUCAAUGCGCUCAAAGUAGACGAGAACUCCGCGGCCGAUAAGGAGCUUCACGCGUCCGCGGCGAGCAUGGUCGACUUGUUGCGCCCCGGAUCGCAUCCUCAAGCCGAGAGCGUUCUCAAUGCGGCGUCUAUUUCUUCGUCGGGGCGCUUUGCAGGAGUACAACUUGCUGUUGCUGGCGCGGUCUAG